AUGGGCCGCGGCGCUAGCCGCCAUGAUGCACAGCGCCGCCACCACCGCCUCCAUCGCCGGUGCCUUCCACUCCGCCUGGCCCCUCGUCUGUACGUUGCGCACCCUACUCUUCCCCCACCCUCCUGCUGCACCCUCAUCCACCUUUCGUUGUCGCGUCGGGAGGGCGAUGAAAAGAGGUGGCAUGCCGCAGCAUGGUUAGGGUCGCAGUUGAUGCCGUCUAAAUCUUGCUCCGUGCCUUUCGCGUCCAUUCUGGAGACCGUGCAUGCCGCCACGGGGCUGGUGCGGAGCGGAUUGGUGGCUCCGCUGGUGCAGUGGGUGGGGCGGAGCUUCGUGCUGUUCGCGGUGGUGGGGCGCACGCCCGCUCUCCACACGCACGCCGCGCUCUUCGUGCUGCUCGCCGUCUGGUGCUGCUCCGAGGUCAUCCGUUAUCCGCAGUACGCGCUCUCGCUGCUGGGCACGUGUCCGCGCGCGCUCACGUGGCUGCGCUAUUCGGCGUUCAUCCCGCUCUACCCCAUCGGCAUGUUCGGCGGGGAAAUGGUGCUCAUAUACAGCGCGCUGCCAUUCGUCAAGGCGGAGCGGCCCCUCGAUUUCCUCUUCGCCGCCCUGCCCUUCCACUGCCACCAUGUCCUCAUGGUCAUCCUAGCGGCCUAUCCGCUUUUCUGGCUGCACCUCUACACGCACAUGUUCCGCCAGCGCCGCUCCAAGCUGCACCCCAAGAGCCACAAGGGCAGCAAGAAGCCGCACAAGGCCAUGGCCAUCGUCCCCAUGUCUCCAGAGAUGUUCGCGCAAACCACUCCCAACCGCCCUGCUGCUGCUCCCACCUCAAAGGGCGCAGCACCUAUAGGACCCUCAAGCGCAGCAGCAGCAGCAACAACAGCUAUGGGAGGAGGCGCGUUGGCCGCAGCACAAAUGCACGGCAGCGAUGUGCGUCUGCGUGCUGCUGGUUCCCGUCGCUCAGGCUCGGCCGUGGCAGAGCAACAAUAG